AUGUGCUUUCAGAUCCCACUGGCGCAUCUUCAUGCAACGUCCAACGCCACAGAAUAUACUGCUGUUGAUCCCACUGGGCAGAUCAAUCUACGGACAACAUAUCUUGAUGGGACACCAGCUGGCGCUACCCCAGAACUCGAGCUUGGCGUCAACACUGACCUCUUUGAGGAUCCUUGGAACGAGUCUCAGAACGACACUUCAUUCCUUGAUACAGAGCCUUACAACAUCACAGGUUCAAAAGAAAUACAACAGCGGACAGUUGGAAAGGAUGACCCCAUUCGUAUUUGGAUCUCUGAACGUCAAACUUAUCUUGAUGAAUUCAUCCGCUUGGAAGGACGUGGUGACACAUGUCACUCGUGCCAUAGCUGUGGCAAUUCAAAUGCAGUAUUUCGUUGCGAAGACUGCUUUUCUGUCGCAUUAUACUGCCAGUCAUGUGUUAUGAACCUCCACCAGAACAUGCCCCUGCAUCGGCUGAAGAAAUGGCAUGACGGCGCUGGUCAGCGCUGCCGCAAACCAAAACCAGCCUUUGACGAUGAUUUUACCGUCAUUGAUGUUCACGGAAUCCAUGAAGUCGCUCUUGACUUCUGUAAUUCAACAUCCACAGACCCACGAACAGCUGCGACAUUUACUGUUCUCGAACACUUCCACUUGCUCUCGUUUGAGUCCAAGGUAUCUGCAUUCGAGUUUUACCACUGCGUUGCACGUCGGAGUGACAACACAGGCGUCAAGCCUAUCAAGGAUCGAUAUUCUGUCUUUUUGCGAAUGAUGGCGGAGUGGCGCAACCUCAAGGCACUAAAACGGGCAGGUCGUGGGCAUGACCCAGCUGGAGUUAGCGCUACCAAAGAAGGAGAAAUUGUGGUUCUGUGCCCCGCUUGCCCUCACCCUGGUAAAAAUGUGCCUGAGACAUUAGAGGACGUCUCACCUGGGAACCGAUGGAUCUACUCACUCUUUUUGGCUAUAGACGCCAACUUUCGUCUGAAACGCAGACUGGUAUCCAGCGAUGACAGGGACCCUGGAUUGAGCCAGGGGUGGGGUUACUUCGUCAAAGAAAGUAACUACAAGGCGUACCUUCGAGAAAAUGCAAGUCUAGCACAAGAGAAAAGUAAUUGUGUUAGCCAUAACGCGGUCAAUAUGGCGGACACGAAAUCUUCCAAGGGACUCGCAGCAACGGGUGUCGGCACUGUGGUUUGCGCUAGGCAUGACAUGCGGUUAGCAAAUGGUGUCGGGGAUCUUCAGAAAGGGGAAAAUCUUCUCCGCACUUUCACGCUUUUCAUCAAUCCAUCUGUCAAUUUCUCCUACAAUAUCGCAUGUCAGUGGCACAAAAAGCUUUGGCAUCGUGUGUCGACUGCUCUUCCCUUACGGCUUCAUCCCAGUAGCACUCAACAAUACAGGUUUUUCAUUCCAAAAUUCCAUCUCGCAGCACACAUUGCCGCCUGUCAGACGACUUUUUCAUUCAAUUGGUCUCCUUACGUUGGACGGACUGAUGGAGAAGCGCCGGAGCGCGGUUGGGCUGACAUAAACCGUGUUGCUGCAAGCACAAAGGAGAUGGCACCUGGUACACGUCGAGAUGUCUUAGACGACCAUUUUGGGGACUGGAAUUGGAAAAAAGUGACAGGUCUUGGUCGAACACUACUACGUAAAAUAACAGAUGCUACACAUGCUGAACGGGACCAUCGCCAUGCCUUGGCGGACUUGGAGGGAUCCAUCAAAGAGUCAGAGUUGGGCGCUGUGUCACUCGUGGCAUGGACUGAAGAAGUCGUCGCUUGGGAGAGCGAUCAUACGAAACCCAACCCCUUCAACAGUCAAAGUCAAGAAAUGACCCAAGCCGCUGUUCGUUUAGCGCUCAUUCAACAAGACGCAAAAGAUUUGGAAGAAGGAUCGUCAAUUUCCCUCCAUUCAGAGGUGACACCUAGUAUCCUCAUUAGCACAGGCUUGGACCUUGAGAAUGCGCAACGACGUUUAUGGGUAGAUAAUGCAGGUCUCACCCAACAUUCAACCAACAAUCAGCAAACGAAGAUUCUGAUGCGCAGAAAUGCUCUCCAACGCCGCAUUGAUUCAUGGAUUGACAUACAGGUCCUGUACAUGCCCUCCGUCGCUCACUUCCAUGCCACUGGUCUCUCUCUGUCUGACGAGGGCACCGUUGAUGAAACCACCGGCUGUCCAAAAGCCAAACUCAACUCUAUCAAAGCCGAGGAUAUCCCACUAUUUCUUCCAUCUUCCAUCUGUAAUCUGACAACGUGCGACACAAAAUUGCUCGAGGUUGAGUGGUCGUUACGCUUGGCGCAGGCUAACGAUGCGCUCGAAGGAAUGCCGCUCUCACAUCCGUCUCCGCCACCAGCUUCUACGCUUCAAGGCACAAACAAAUUCGCGGACAAAGUCUUAACACUCGUGCCCAAAAGACCAUUUCAAGCGGUUGAGGAUCGGCUCAUUCUUAGUCAUGAGAAGUAUCUUGCUGGGAGCACAAUUGCAGCCAUUGAGGAGUCUGACCUUCGGCAAUGGGGGGACCUGGAGGUCGCAAUCAAGGCACAGCGAUCAUGUCAUGGAUUUGGCAUGUACACGGAAUUCCUUCGGACAACGGUGACAGGUUUCAGGAUUCGCUACGCAUUGAGUGGUGCAAAACGAGGGCCAGACGCAACCGGUGGUUUGAAGAAAUCCAAUGCUUUGGAGGAGAUGCGGCGCGUCUUGGAGUUUCUCGAUUGGCAGGCUAAGUGGUGGGAAGCACGGGUCACACUGCGUGUGGCUGAGCAGUCUGAGGACAACGAGGGCUUGGUGGCGUACGCAAAACGCCAGGCUGCCAUCCGUCGAUCCCUAGAGGCUAAUGCACCGGCAGAAGAAGGUCCUUCUAUUGAUGCACCCCCGCAUGGAGAUCUCGAUGACUUAGACUAA